UGUGUGUGUGUGGUGUGUGUGUGUGUGUGUGUGUCUGUGUGUCUGUGAAAGAGAGAAAGAGAGAGAGAGAGAAAGAGAAGAUAAAAGGGCAUGUGAGAGCCUCGCUGAGCAGACACUCCUGAUUGAUCAGACCUCAGCGGGCAGACAGACGUCAGUGCAGUACAGUUACAGUGUGAAGAAAAAAAAAAACAAGAUGUGUUGCUCCGGCUUUCUCAAGAUGAUGAUGUUUGUCUUCAAUGGUGGCAUCUUUUUGGCAGGUGCAGCCAUCCUGGGUGUUGGAGUGUGGGUGAAGGUGGACAGUGGUUCUCUGCUGGGUAUACUGGAGAACGUGGAUGGCACACCGUCAGGGGUAUCCCAGCUGGUCAAUGUUAGCUACCUGCUCAUGGCAGUGGGUGGUGUGUUGCUGGUCAUUGGCUUCCUGGGCUGCUGCGGAGCUAUCAAGGAGAGCAGGUGUAUGCUGCUGACGUUCUUCAGUAUUGUGCUGAUUAUCUUCAUCAUCGAGGUUGCAGGAGCUGUGGUGCUGUUUGUCUUCCAGGGUUUGGCUGAGCAGCUUCUCGCGGGUCUGGAGACAGAGGUUAGGGAAAGCAUCCAAAAAAACUAUGGAGAGAGUGAAAGUCUGACCUCCCUCUGGAAUGCCACUAUGGAGGAGUUUAAGUGCUGCGGAUACAGGAACUACACAGACUUCGACAACUCCCCUUUUCAGGGUGGGAAAGAUGUUUAUCCACAAAUAUGUUGCAAUACAACCAUCACCACGGGUACAUGUAACAGAAAUGCAGCAGGCUUUUCGAUGGUUGAUGGCUGCUUUAACAAGCUGCUGCAGCUGAUAGAGGACAAUGCUGUGAUCGUUGCAGCUGUGGCUCUAGGAAUUGCUGCUCUUGAGAUUGCUGCCAUGGUGGUUUCAAUGUCUCUCUACAAGGAUAUUGGCAACAAGGCAUGAUGUGUCCCAUUCAAGAUGAGAUAACAGCAUAGUAAUUGGUGGAGAAAAUUUAUCUGUGAGCAGUUUUCUUUGUAUAAAGUUUUUUUUCUUUUUCUUUGAUUCAAAACAGACAGAUAACCUAAAGUCUGCAUGCUUCAAUAGCAUGUAGAGCAUUUAAACCAAAGAUGGAGAGGUAGUUUUUUGAGCUUCCUUGUUCUUUGUUUCAAAAUUGUAGCUGAACACAUUUAUACUGUGAUUUAUUUAUGUUUUAAGAAGGGCUGUUGUCAUUGUUGACAUUGUAUGUGCUGAAACAUAUGGUUUAUAAUAUGUAAUGAUGCACAUUGCAGAGAAGUUGUCUUAGUUUAAGCGUCAGUCAAUCCCACACAUUCACUGUAAUAAUAUGAUGAAUUUAUUUUUGUACCUUUGAUCAUAUAUAAAUAAUAAAUAUCACAAUCUUGACUUUUACAAUUAUUAACACAA